AAUUUAAACCACCUUCCCCUUUUUCCCUUUGUCGACCGAUGAUGGCGCCGCCGCCAUCAGCCCAGGAGGGAAGAGGAAGAGGAGGAAUGGAGGAGUCAGAGCCGUUGCUGGCGGAGAACCCGGACCGUUUCUGCAUGUUCCCUAUCACCUACCCCUCCAUCUGGGAGUUCUACAAGAAGGCGGUGGCCUCGUUCUGGACGGCGGAGGAGGUGGACCUGUCGCCGGACCUCUCCCACUGGCAACACCGUCUCACCCCCGACGAGCGCCGCUUUGUCUCCCACGUCCUCGCCUUCUUCGCCGCCUCCGAUGGCAUCGUCAUCGAGAACCUCGCCGCGCGCUUCAUGCGCGACGUCCAGCUCCCCGAGGCCCGCGCCUUCUACGGCUUCCAGAUCGCCAUCGAGAACAUCCACUCCGAGAUGUACUCCCUCCUCCUCGACACCUACGUCAAGGACCCCGACGACAAGUAUCGCCUCUUCCACGCCAUCGAUACCGUCCCCGCCGUCGCCCGAAAGGCCGACUGGGCCCUUCGCUGGAUCGAUUCCUCCGGCUCCUUCGCCGAGCGCCUCGUUGCCUUCGCCUGCGUCGAGGGCAUCUUCUUCUCCGGUUCCUUCUGCGCUAUCUUCUGGCUCAAGAAACGCGGCCUCAUGCCCGGCCUCACCUUCUCCAACGAACUCAUCUCCCGCGACGAGGGCCUCCACUGCGACUUCGCCUGCCUCCUCUACAGCCUCCUCCGCAACAAGCUGUCCGAGGAAGCGGUCCGGGCAAUCGUUGCGGACGCUGUUGACAUCGAGCGGGAGUUCGUCUGCGACGCACUCCCUGUCGCUCUCGUCGGGAUGAACGUUGAUCUCAUGAGCCAGUACAUCGAGUUCGUGGCCGACCGCCUGCUCGGGGCGCUGGGCCACGGCAAGAUGUACCGGGCGGCCAACCCCUUCGACUGGAUGGAGCUCAUCUCGCUGCAGGGUAAGGCCAACUUCUUCGAGAAGAGGGUGGGCGAGUACCAGAAGGCCUCCGUGAUGUCGAGCUUGAACGGGACCGGAGCCAUCCAUGUCUUCAAGCUUGAUGAGGAUUUCUGAAGGUAUCCCAUCUCUCAGCUGUUUGCUUAUUAUCAUAUGCGUAGGGGUUAGCUUAUUCCAUGGACUGAUUUGGAGCACUUGUCAUCUUUCUUCUCGAGCGCCAUGUGCUCGGGGAAAUGCCUAGGCGGGACUGUUUUAUGGUUCUGUCCAUGUGUGACAUGUUUGAAGAAAUGCCUAUACGGGUUCUUU